UGCUUGUUUGCAUAACAGAAAUUAAAAAGAAGUCUUAUUUUGCACAAAAAUGGUGUAAGAGAAAACACUGAAUCAUUAUCACCUCUUUGUUGACCACUCACUAUGGGCCAGUGUCUCUACCGCAGCUGUUACCAUGGCAAGAGGGUGGGUACUAGAGGUGAUGACCACAAAAGUGAGAUGGCAGAAUCAAAUACCUGUGUGCUGUGCCAAUUGCUCUGAACUCAUAAGAUAAUAAGAAAAGAGACAUGUCAUUGCUUCAAGAUAUAUUGUCAUCGAUAAAAUAUUUUUUCUUACUGUGAAAUUGUAGAAUGAGACACUAAUGAAAUGAAAUGUCUAAAGGAAGGAUCCAAGCUUGAGAAGGGUACAUGUUGACAUUUAUAGUGUCCGUGUAAGACAUUUAGAUUCAGGAUAUUUUAAAUGGCUGCCCCCCACAAAACAGAUUAGAUAAGAAAGUGUUGACCCCUCAAAUAGAGGGGAGUCUUAUAUUUCAGACCCUACCCAUUAGCAUUGAGGCCAAGGAAAAAUUAAAGAGCCAAAUAACUGCUUUUUAAAUCGUGAAAUCUGUGACUAUUAAAGUGUCUUCGUGACUCAGACUAUGUGUGGUUCUUUGAAACCAGAUUUAUUUCAAAUACAAUGGCCUGACAUCCCAGUUCAGUUGGAUGACAUGUGCUUUUUUUUUUAGCCCCUGUCUGUAUUAGCUGGCACCCUGAAGUUUGAAUUCAGUUCCCUGGGGCUAGAGAUUUGAUUCAACCUCUAUUGAAACAGGCAAUGAUCCUAGAACACCAAAGAAUUUCUCAAGGAGCUUGUUGUUUAAUAAGGGGAAGGAGAUGAACCCCAUGGAGACUUAUCUUGUAUAAAUGUUGCUGCAGAAAUACAGGUGAGGUGCUCCUGGAGACAGAGCAAGAAGCGCCCAUUUCCUUUGGUGAAGGAACAGAUGUAGGUCCCACCAAGGAGGUGGUGUUUGGUGAGGACCCUGAGGGAAGAAGAGACAUCUACAGGAAGGAAUAGGGCGAAAGGAGAGCGUUGUGAACACACACAAAUGAACCUGGCAAGGGGAAGACACUGAUGUGCUGCGUGAUGGGGGAAGCCAGUCAGGAUUAAAAUACUGCUAUAACUUAGCCUUUCCCAAGGUGCAGCCACCACGAUGUCAGCAGACUGAUGAUGGAAGAAAAGGAAACUGGUAGAUCCUGUGUUCUGCCUUCCCUGGACGAUGGAUGGAGGACAGCCUGUCCCUUCACCCUUCGUGCCCCUUGGGAACACGUUGUCAGAUUCUAGCAUGUCUUUGGAGCAGAAAACCACAUUUGCUUUUGUGAUUUUGUUGUUUAUUUUCUUGGGCAUCCUCAUCGUCAGGUGCUUCCGGAUUCUCCUGGACCCGUACCGGAGCAUGCCAACCUCGACCUGGGCGGACGGACUUGAAGGCCUGGAGAAAGGGCAGUUUGACCAUGCCCUUGCUUAGCAAAGCAGGAGCAGGGGCCCCUCCUAAGGACGUGAAAUGCUUCCUGACUUGGCAAGGAUUCUCCUUAGUCAAUAGUCACAACAAAUCAAGGUUUCACAAUGUCUUCUCCUAAGAUCACAACCUGUUAUUCAGUAAACAUGCUGUUGUUAAAAACAUUUGAGGAUAUCGGAAAUGGAGAUUUAUAUUACUAACACAAAAUAGGAAGUUUUAAAUUUCUAUAUUUACUCAGUGAAUGAGUUUCGUUGACUGUGUGUGAUGGUGAAACCAAGAGCAUCAAUACUGACAUAAAUUUUGCCAUAAAAUGAAGCGCUAUCUGACCUGACCAGAGAAUAAAGACUAAAAAAAGAUCCCAUCUGAAUCUGGUGACAGGGCCAAGAAGAGACUUCCUUGCUCUAAUCAUGUCCUGCAGUUUGUUUUAUUUUCAUGGGAACCUGGGAACCGGGAAAAGAAUGAGGAAGCCUGUGCUGAGUGGACCAAAAGCAGGUACCUGUUUUCUCCUAAAGCAAGGAGCUUUGGGAGGUCAUGGGAGGCCUUAGAAGAGAUGGUUCCAUCCUGAGAAAAUAUGGGUGGGGGUGAUAUUUUCUUUUUCAAAUAACAUUGAACUCAAAUGCUUAUGGAGGUUUCAAAACUUUUAGUCAGACCAAGUACGUUCUAUGUAUUCAUGUUAAUAUUGUGUAGAGGUAGCUAGCUGUACAUAGUCUGAAUUUGUUUUCUUUACACAAAUGAUUGAAAUGACAGAUUGCCAGUGCAGCUUCAAGUUUGUUUAUUUUUUAAUAAAAAUUUAAUUGUUUAGAGAAAACUUUUACAGUCUUAAGAGAACUGUGUGUUUAUGACUUAACAUAGAAACCAAAUAAAACUUUUCAAGAAACAGAA